AUGGCUGUUCAAGCUAGGCUUCAAACCACAGCAAAGCUUGCUAGAAUUGGUGUUAGUGUGUCCCCACUGUGUUUAUUGUGUGGACAACAGGAUGAGGAUCAUAAUCAUUUGUUCUUCUCUUGCUCCUACAGUCAGCAAUGCCUUAAUGAUAUUAGAAGCUGGAUGAGUAUCCCUGGUGUUUCUUCUGAUCUUCAGCAGAUCACAAGGGGGAUUGAUCAUAGCAGGCAUUCUCAGUUCAAGAAGCAAGUCUGGUAUGCAGGCCUUGCAGCAAUUGUCUAUGUAGUUUGGCAGUGCAGAAAUGGAAGCUUUUGGGAUAAGUAUGUUCCUACAGUGCAGAAUUCUGUAAAGAGCAUUAAGCAUGCUGUGAGAGAUAGAAUCAAAGUUGUAAUGCCUAAGAAGGUUAGUAGAAGAGAUUGUACUUGGUUUUUGGCUCUGUGA